GUCUCUAAAUGCUGCCUCCUAGAAUCAAUGCAUUACGAUGUUAACAUCAUAAGGCUCACUGUCAUUAGACACUGAAUUUCUAAAUUAGGGUAAGGUAAGAACAAUAUUGAUUCAAACAACAUCCUACAGCCAUUGUGUAUGUUUUGUUAAAGGUAGACAAUUCACUAUGCACUACAACGACCUGAUUAUUUGGAGUUUGUGCAGUACGAGGGAUCCGUGAAGGCAUCACGUGACUGACAAUCCCGCAGUCUAAUCCAGAGAGCGAGGAUGCACAGCAGCGCUGAUAUGCGUCGAACCAACAUCGGCUAAGUGCUGCCUCCGACUGCGAUAGACUAAACGCUGCUAACACCUCGUUCCCCGAGCCCUCGGAUGCCACUUUAUUAUUAUUAUUUUUAAACCUGAAACCUCCGAAGUCGAUCGCCACAGAUUAAAUCCAGACCGGGACUUCGCAGACGUGACGUCGGGACAAUGGAAUCCAACGUGAUGCCGGACAGCAUCCGCCCUCAGAGGCUGCAGCCGGGCAUCGGCUUCGGUUCUGGACCGACCGGGACCCUGCGCUCCUCCCUCCGGCCCGGUGUCACGGUCCCCAUCGCGCCGCUCUUGCCCUCCCCGGCCUCCCUGGCCGCCUCCUCGGGGCCUCCUCCGCCGCUGCCCCCGCUGCAGCUCCACAGCCUGUACGGCGGCAUCGGAGCCGGGCUCGGGGCGGCCGGCCACUGCAACCCGGGGAACCCGGCGGUGCUGAAGGAGGCGGUGGAGGCGGUGGUCCGCAGCUUCGCCAAACACACGCAAGGUUACGGCAGAGUAAACGUGGUAGAAGCCUUACAGGAGUUUUGGCAGAUGAAGCUGACCAGAGGCGCCGACCUGCGGAACGGAGCUCUUGUUGUUUAUGAAAUGGUCCCAUCCAGCAGCCCGCCAUAUGUUUGCUACGUCAGCCUUCCCGGGGGCAGCUGCUUUGGAAGUUUCCAGUUCUGUCCCACCAAGGCAGAGGCCAGGCGCAGCGCUGCCAAGAUCGCUCUGAUGAACUCUGUGUUCAAUGAACAUCCCUCUCGACGCAUCUCGGACGACUUCAUUGAGAAGAGCGUCAGUGAGGCCUUGGCGUCCUUCAAUGGAAACCGGGAAGAGGCCGACAAUCCAAACACCGGAAUUGGGGCUUUUCGCUUCAUGCUUGAGUCCAACAAAGGAAAAUCCAUGCUGGAGUUUCAGGAGCUGAUGACCGUCUUCCAGCUGCUGCACUGGAACGGGAGUCUCAAAGCCAUGAGAGAACGACAGUGUUCCCGACAGGAAGUGCUGGCUCACUAUUCCCACCGGGCUUUGGAUGAUGACAUGCGCACUCAGAUGGCCGCCGACUGGGUGAACCGAGAACAGAGCGUAGCGAGCACUGUCGCACAGGAGGUGGCGUCGACGGAGCGAGAACUGGAGGACGCCAGGCUGGCGGGCCGAGAACUGCGUUUUUACAAAGAGAAGAAAGACAUCCUGAUGUUAGCUGUGGGCCAACUAAAUGCUGCCAACACAGCCACGCUGCCCUCACACUAAACCUGCCUUCACCCUCCGUAGGAUCCCUGGUAACAGUAUUAACCGCUUCAUAGAUAUUAAGGUGCUUUGUCUGAACUUUGAGGUUUUGUAUCUUGUGUUUUUUUUUUUUUUUUUUUGCAAGGACCAGGUAAUCAGGCCUUGACUUACAGUAUACCCAUCUUUUCCCAUAGCAUCAAGUAAUGCCACUAUGGGUGUUACCUCUUUGUGCCUAGUGAUGCAAGAUUAAUUACCUGUGAACUUGCUUUGCAUUCCAACUGGGUUUAUAUGUUUCAUGAUUUCAUGCUGUAUUUACUCAAAGUAGACAGAAACACGCAGCUGGACUUUCAUCAGUGAAUGUACGGGACAUAAGUAAGUUUGACCCUUCAAAUCAUAUUUGAUCAAUGUAUGCACCAGCAAAGUUUCUUUGUGUGCUUACUUGUGUAUAAUAUUUUAGACUCCGGCUAGUAAAGAAAAAUCAACAUAUAUAUAUAUUUCUCUCAAUAAUCAGAAUAUUAAAAAAAGAACACAAAAUCUUUAACAGGAUUUAAGAUCCCAAUUUAUAACCCUUCCUUCAUGGUGACAAAAACGGCCUUUUGAUGACAGUGGAAAUUGAAUUUUUCUAAAUAAUAUGAGAAAUCCCAAUGAGCAAUUUCAAACAUUGUUAUUAGCUUAUGUAAUCAUUUUUGGGUACUUUGCUAAAAUGUCAGCAGAUGGGUGACAUCAGCUCAGGUUUUGAAAAAAAUCCUAUAAUGAACCAUCAGUAUGAUUUUUUUUUUUUUUUUUUGGAAGGCAUUUAACUAUUUUAAUGUGCAUUGUUUGCUUGGUGCCCUAGACACUAGCUGAAUGUAUAUUUUCAGUGUACUAUCAACUAAAGGAUUUGCAAGGUGAUGCCGAUAAACAUUUAGAUUUUUACAUUUAGGUUUUGUUGGUCAUAUGCUUCAUUUUAGCAGUUUUUGCUUAGGAGACAAAAUUGGAGGUUGGGUUCUCAGCGGAUUUAAAGCAAACACAAUGUAUCAUAAUCGCACUUAUCACCUUUUAAAAUGCUCUUAUUUUGAAGGAACUGGUUUUGUUUAUUCCGCAAAUGUGAUAUCUUUAUAUGUAUCAAAGUGUAUUGAAUACAUUAUACGGAUGAAGGCAUUUCAGUGUAGCCUUUUGAGGAUCCCAUAUAAUGGAAGUGAGAGUUUAAUCAAUAACAGGUGGCUCUGGUUGGAUAGAAAUGUGGGGGAGGGCUCAUUCUCACAACUGAAUGCUGGAUUGUCAACAGAAGAAAACCAUUAUUCUCAACUUGGGGAUAGAGCAAAUAGAAAAACAAAGCAGCAUUAAUGCAGUGUGAUUAGAGCCAGAUCAAAUUUAAUUAUUUUUAGUAAUGUUUUUCUUUAUGGGAAUCAUUGUGCCUUCAUUAAAUGUGUUGCAUACAGCUAAAACUCCAAACACAAAAGAAUCAUUAAUUAAAUGAGGUCUUAAAAAGAUAUUGUACUCUGCUUUACCAUGUUUUUAUGUCUUUAAGUGUAAAGUUAAAAUGAUCACAUGAAAUAUUACUGUUACAUAAAGUUACUUCAAAAGAAAAAAUGUAUGAACAAUUGGGGAAAUUUGUUCAAUUCGUUUUUGGCAAGUUUGACAAGAAGAUUGAUAACGUUUUCAUAUAUGUGCUUCACAUAUAGUGCUUCAGCCGGCUUGCUUAAUAUGGCAAAAAGGUUGGAUGUUUUCACCUAACUCGAUGGUUAGCAAGUAGUUGCCAAAAUGUCAAACUAUUCCUUAAAUAAAUAACAUGACAUUAGAUUAUGAUGGAUGUAUUAUAUUGUACUACCGUUUGAAAAAUAUUUUGUUAUCAUAUAUUGUUUGAUUGGUACUUAUAAAAUAUGUUUUCUAUAUUGUAAGUCUUUUGUCCUAAUGAAAAAAAUGUUUUAAGCAGAUACUGAACAUUUCAAAUUGACUUUUAAUUGAUAAAAGAAACACUUUGACCUCACAAUUCUGCAGCUAGAAACUUUUUUGGACUUUUGUCUCAUGCUUCCAUAAUCUCGUGCAGAUGCAUUUUCUGAACUUGUCAAUGACUUUAUUGUCCCAUGAACCAAUUUGGUUGGAUCUGAAAAGCUCAAAUACAAUUAUGGGGCUGCAGAACUUGAAUCGUGUGUUGUUGGGGUUCUUUGUGUGUUUUUUUUCAUUUUUAUUUCUUCUACCUGCUUAUUGUGUGUUGGAUUGUUUCACAAGCCAUUAAUCUCAGAGCUCUCUUCUUACAAAUGCCUUUGACCUUUUUUUAUGAUCAUUAUAAAUGAAGGCUUUGGCUUUGACGCAUGAUAUGUUAAUUCAGUCUGCUUUUAUGUGUUUUAUACUCUAUACAUAAUUGUUUUAUAACGUUUCUAUGGGCCCUUAUUGUAUGUAAUGUAUUUUCUAUGAACAUUUUGUAUUCUGUGUUUAUACUUUUAUUAGAUUUAUAUGAUGAAAUAAAAUGGUUGAUAGAAUGUUUA